CAGAAUUUAUAUUUUACGCAUUUUAAAAGGAUGUGUAAUAGCAAUAGAAAAAUGUGGAAAUGUAGAUAAUUGAUGUUUAAGUAGUAAUAAUGUGCACGUUUCUGAAUUAAUUAAAUAGCGCGAAUACUAAGCACUGGAUACUAAGAUAUAAGAAUGUGACGUAAUCUUUCUACGAAAUAUAGUCGUCCAUUAUCAAAAUGCGAUAUGUGCUAUCGGAAAUAGAUGCAAGUGUUAUAAGAAGUAUUCCUUAGAGAAGAUCCAACGGAUACAUCAUUGGCUAUAAUUCCGAAUAUCAUGUUAAUGACAUCUCAGCUGGCGGAUUACUGAUUGUUAACGAACGACACAUUAUCGUGUGCACUUCGUUUCGCAUUAUCCAGCAUACUUAAAAGCAUGAAUUUGCUAUGAAGGCCUUUGUUCAAAGAAUGUGUUGGUACGUUGCAUAUUCGAUUCGCAAUAUGUACGGGAAGUUUGCAAUCGCGUUAUUCGUUGCCAUCUUAUUUAGAAAUUCUACAGCGCGGAAAAGCGAAGAAAAAUGCAAAGAAUAUGCUGAUCUGGUUUAUGAAACCGAGAGUUCGCCGAUUUUACGUAUCAAUGCUGGCUCGAAUAAAGUGUCUCGUUGCGCGAUUAUUGAGACCCCUCUUAUCAUCGGCGGAGUUCCGGCAAAACCCGCGGAAUUUCCGCAUAUGGCAGUGAUUGGUUAUGGCAAGAAUGACGCGGUGUCCUGGCAAUGUGGAGGAAGCAUCAUCUCUGAGAAUUUUAUUCUGUCAGCAGCUCACUGUUUGGAAUCUCCGGACAAAGGUCCCGCGAUCAAAGUACGUGUCGGCUUGAUUAAUUUAUUAACUCCAAGCGACGUUAUGCAAGAGAGGUACAUCGUGGAGAGAAUUAAGCAUCCGGAUUACAAGCCUUCGGUUAAAUAUCACGAUAUAGCAUUACUUAAACUCGAUCGACCGUUAGAGUUGAAUCCUCGAGUGCGACCCGCAUGUCUCGAAGUAAACUCGCAGAUACCAGAUAAAAGCGCUAUCGCUUCUGGAUUUGGAAAAACCUCUUACGAAUCUAAUAUCGGUAGCAACGAAUUAAUGAAGGUUCAGCUGAAUUAUAUUUCCGAGGAUGACUGUAAAAAGAGUUACGCCGAGGAUCUCGGCACACGGCGGCUGCCUGACGGUUUGAUACAGGGUUUACUUUGUGCCGGCAUAAUGGAAGGCGGAAAAGACACUUGUCAGGGUGACAGCGGUGGUCCAUUGCAAAGGGUUCUCGCGAAACCUUACUGCAUGUACAGUAUCGUAGGUGUGACAAGCUUCGGAAAGUUUUGCGCUUUUAAAUUUUCUCCCGCGAUAUAUACCAGAGUUAGUUUUUAUAUCGACUGGAUCGAGAAUAUUGUUUGGCCAUAAAAAAUUAGAUUGAAGUGCAUUAUCAAUGAAUGUCAAUCUCUAAUUUUAAUUUGGAUAACUUCAAGGAAUAAUUGUUUAAAGACAAUUUACAUAGAUGACGAAGGAAAUAAAAUUAAGAAGGAAUGAUCGAAAUAAAAAAAUAAUCAUAUCUCGUAUAUUAUUUACAUUGUUAUAAUUUUUAUUGCAAAAAGAUAAUAAUCAUUUUCAUUGAUAUGUACAAUACGGUACCCAAACGCAUGUAUAUAUGUACGAACCACAGUAUAAUAAACAUUUUCAAAACUU